AUUUCCGUGAAACCGUACGAGUCGCUACAAAAAUUUUAAUAAAUAAUACUCAAUAAAAAUACGUAACAAUGUCGCAAACACAAAUGCUAUUGUCGUGGGACGAAUACCAAAAGAACAUCUGUAAUGGUUUGAGUGAACUUCAGCAGCAUGGGGACUUUGUAGACAUGACCCUGGCUGCAGAUGGUCAUCAUGUGAAGGUACAUCAGCUGGUCAUGUCUAUGGCCAGUCCUUACAUCAGGGCACUGAUAACUUCUGUCAACUGCCCUCACCCUGUAAUAUUCUUAAAUAGUACAUAUACACUGGAGAAGUGCUUGUGGAUAGAAACAAACUGGCCGAAGUCAUUACAGCUGGGAAGGCACUACAUAUUAAAGGCCUUAGAGGAAUGUUCGAACCAAAUACACCAGAAGCAGAGGAUCCAAGCACAGUGAGGACCAUGAGCCCACUAACAAAAAAUGUAACAGAAAAGUUAAUGCAAAGUAGAGAAAACGAGAAAAAGGUUGAAAAGCAAGAGGAAAGCCACCCAGCUCAGCCUAUACAUAAAAUUAAUAUAGAUGAAAAUAAUACAAAUAAAACACCAAUGGCGGAUACACAAGAUUCAGCGAAUUCAAAACAGCAUAAAACUCGCAUAUCACAAACAACACCAGAACCUUUUUUGCAUCAGCAACUACAUUUCUCUGUAUCAAAGCAAGGAUGUUUGCAAGCAAUACACCGGAGGCAUAUCUACCGAUUGAAAUACUUUGAUUGGAGGUAUCGACUGCGGGUGUGGCAGUGUAUUAAUAACUCUGGUAACCUAAAAUGUCCGGGCACUCUAACUACUAAUGAAGAUCAAGAAGUCACUUCCUGGUCAUAUAAACACAACCAUUCAUACCACGACAACAAAAUCGAGCACAAACUCAACAACGGCAAAAUAUUCUCAGAUUUUUGUGAGGCUGACAUCUGUAGUCAAAUCACACAGCGAGAGCUCUUCCAGUCUUCAAUAGAAAAUAAUACAUACUAUUAAAAAUAUUUAUUUUAUUUAUUCUUUGGGUCUUUUGUAAAGACCUAUUAUAAAAUUCUAUAAAUAGAUAUGUAACACUUGGUAUAAGAUUACUGUAUAGUCAUUAGUGUGUAAAUAAAGAUAAAAUGUGUGAUGUUGAUAUACGUAACUUAAGAGUGUAAUAAUAAAAUAU